AUGAAAACAAAUAGAUAUGUUAUAGGAAUUGAUGUUGGAGGAACUAACACAGAUUCGGUUAUAAUAAACCCCUCAAACUUAAAAGAUGAGAAAAAUCGAGGGAUUGUUGCUUUUGAGAAGACUCCAACAACAAGUGAUGUUACAUCCGGCAUAAAGAAGUCCCUUGAGGGGUUAUUUGAAAAGUUGACGGCCUCAAAUCCUGAGAUUAGAUCGGAUGAAAUCUGCUCAGUCACUAUAGGAACUACACACUUCAUUAAUACUGUUGUUGAAAGAGAUCCAAUGAAGCUUGAUCGAAUUGCAGUCAUUAGGUUGGUUGGUCCUUGUUCAAGGGAAUUGCCUCCAUUUUCUGAUUUCCCAAGAGACUUAGCAUCACUUAUCAACGGAUAUACUUGCUAUUGCGAUGGUGGGUAUCGUAUCAAUCGAAAAGAGAUCUCACACAUAAAUAAGUCGGAAAUAAUAUCCAAUUGUGAAAAAAUUAGAGAGAUUGGUUUAAACACCAUUGCGGUAAUUGGGAUGUUUUCUCCGGUUGCAAAAGACCAAGAGAUCGCAGUUCGAAAAAUUAUUAAGGAUACAUUCACUGAUUGGAAUGUAGAUAUAGUUUUAUCUCAAGAAAUUGGUGGCAUUGGCUUUUUGGAAAGAGAAAACAUAACAAUCAUUAAUGCGGCCAUAAAGAGAUUCGCUAUCUCAGUGAUUCAUUCUUUUCAACAAGCAGUCAGGGAGUUUGGUUUGGAUUGUCCGAUCCUGCUAACUCAAAAUGAUGGAACAGCAUUAACAGUGGAAGAUGCAAUCAGAACUCCAAUUAAAACAUUUUCUUCCGGGACUACAAAUUCUAUGCGGGGUGCCUCAUUUUUGUGCAGGAAAGAACUACAGGCUUUUACUGAAAAUAAGCCUGUCUUGGUUUUAGAUAUCGGUGGAACUACAACAGAUGCCGGAUUGCUAGAAACCAAUGGGUUUCCACGGCAUUAUUCUAUCCAUACUCUUGUUGGUGGUGUGAGAACCAUUCUUUCUAAACCGGAUGUUCGAAGUAUUGGCUUAGGAGCUGGUUCUAUUGUUAGAAUUGAAGAAGAUGUUAAUAAUAGAACGUUAAUGAGCAUUGGACCUGACUCCGUUGCCAGUAGUUUGGAAACAAAGGCCCUAGUGUUUGGGGGAAAAAUCGCUACAACUACCGAUAUUGCUUUGUUUUCAAGGUCUGACAAAGAAAUAAGAAGUAGUAAAAACCCAAUUUUCCAAAAUGCUCAUCUGGAUAAUGUGAAACAAAAUUUCUCUGAAGCAUUGACUAAAAAAUAUAAUGAUCAGAUAAAAAUUAUGAUAGAUCAAUUGGUUGAUACAAUAAAAACAAAUGCUGAUCCAAUUCCUGCUAUCUUAGUGGGAGGUGGAUCCUAUAUUGUUCCUUCAAAUGAAACUUUAAAUUCAUGUGAAUCAUUGAUAAGACCUGAAAAUGCUUCAAUUGCCAAUGCUAUAGGAGCUGCACUAACAGAAAUAUCAGCAGAUGAAACUCGUUUCGUCGAGGCUAUCUCUGAAGCUGAAAGGGGUAGAAAACUAAAGGAAGUUGAAGGUGAUGCAAUAAAAAAGAUUAUCGAAAUGGGUGUCGACGCAGAUUCUAUCCGAAUUAUGAAUGUCAUAAAUGAUGCUGUACCAUACACUUCAAGGGUAUAUCACUUAUGUGUUAAAGUUAUUGGAAGACCCGAUUACUCCAAAAUAUUGCCCGGUAAAGAAUCACUAGAAUUUCAAAUAAAUGAAUAUGCAAGGCAUGCAGAUUCUUUCUCUGUUAGUUCAAUGAAAGAGAUAAAAAGUAAUCCUGAUUACGUCAAUAUACAUAAUUAUGCUCCGGAAAUUACCAAUCAAAGGGAAUGGAUUCUUAGCGAAUUGGAUUUAGAAUUUAUGCGUGUUGGAACAUAUAUCCUAGGAUGUGGAGGGGGAGGAGAUCCGUACUCAAAGGCUUUGCAGUCGAAAGCAAUGAUCCGAGGUGGUAGCAAGAUGGUGGUAAUUGAUGUUGAUGAUGCCUUUAAAUUUAGUGGAAAUUCAUCCCGAACUGUCGCUUUGGCUGCCUGUGGUUCCCCGAGUGUGAUCGCCGAAAGACUACAGGGAUAUGAAUUUGCAAAUUCCUUGGACUUGCUACAAACACAUAAUAAAAGUACGUUGACCAGUGUCAUGCCUAUGGAGAUAGGAGGAAGCAACGGCUUUCAGGGCUUUUUACUAGGUGGGUUGCCCGAACAUAACUUGAAAAUUUUAGAUGCAGAUAUGAUGGGAAGAGCUUAUCCUAUGAUAUGGCAAAUUUUACCGGUCAUCUCUAAAGAUAUGGACCACAAUAAAUCAUUUUUUGAACCAUGUGCCUUCAGUGAUGGGGCUGGAAGUGACAUACUUUUAUCGAAGGUGAGUAACGACCAUUAUGCUGAAACUCUAAUUCGUACUUCUCUAACUGAACUUGGAUCAUACGUCGGAUUGGUGACUAGACCUAUGGAUUUUCAAUUCUUGAAGAAGCAUGUGAUUCGGAACAGCAUUUCUCUUUCUUGGAGAAUAGGUAGGGCAGUAUAUCUUGCUAAGGAAAAUCUUGAAUUGAGCAGAAUACCAGAUUUCAUAGUAGACGCUGUUGGCGGUCCAAACUUUGGAAAAGUGCUAAUGAAAGGGAAGAUUAUUGCAAUUUCCAGAAAACUUCAAGGAGGCUUAGAUUACGGUGAAGUUGAAAUAGAGUCCGAAGAAAAAACGAACAAGGGUUGCGUUCUAACGAUUAGAUUUAUGAACGAGAACCUUCUUUGCAAAUGGAAAAUAACAAACAAAAUCGUUGCUACAGUUCCGGAUUUGAUCGCGGUUAUCGAUCAGAAUUCCGGUGAGGCAAUUGGUACACCUGAUUAUCGAUAUGGCCUUUCUUGCUCUGUCCUUAUUAUGAGACCUAAUGCUAAAUGGACCGAAACAGAAUAUGCAUUGAAAAUUGGUGGCCCCGCUGCAUUUGGAAUGGAAACAACUUAUAAACCUUUUUUCAAAGAAUUGUCACAUCGUUCGAACGGCUUAAGUGUUAUCUCGGAGUUUGCUACAUAA